UUCGUGGGGCCGACGUGCGAGCAGUCGGUGUGCAACAACAACCCCUGCCAGUUCGGCGCCACGUGCGCGCCCUUCCCCGGCAGCGGCUUCGUCUGUUUGUGCCCGCUCGGCAAGCACGGCCUGCUCUGCGAGCACGACCUGGACAUCGCGCAGGCGUCGUUCUCGGCGUCGGUGGGCGGGCUGGCGUCGUUCAUGGCGUACCCGCUGCCUGCGCCGCUGCACCACUCGCUGGAGCUGCGCUUCCGCUUCCGGCCGGCCACCGCGGAGCAGGUGGCGCUGCUGGCGUUCGUGGGGCAGGAGGGCGCGCACGACGCCCACGCCGACCACCUCGCCGUCAGCUUCAUCAAGGGCUACGUCGUGCUCACCUGGAACCUCGGCUCCGGGGGUCACGAGUCGGCCAACUUCUCGCUGCUGCCGCACGACCUGCCGCUGCACACGGGCUUCGCGGGCUGCCUGUUCGACGUGGAGCUGCGCGCGGGCCGGUCGGCCGUGGCGCUGGGGCGCACGCGGCCCGCGGCCGGGCGCGGCGUGGGGCAGUGCGGCACGGCCGAGUGCCACGAGCACGCGUGCCAGCACGGCGGCGCCUGCCUCGCGCAGGGCGCAUCCUUCACCUGGAGCUGCGGCCGGCAGUCGGAGCGGGCGGCCUUGGUGGGUUCGGCCGGCGGCUGGGGCCCCGCGGGCCGACGCGGCCGCGGCCGCCCCCGCGCGGGCCACGCGCGCGCCUUCCUCUCGCUCUCCAUGCAGGGCGGCGUGCUCGAGCUGCGCCUCUCCUCAGGUGCGGGCGCGGCGGGAGGCGCGGGGCGCGGCGCGUGGGAGCCGCUGGUGCUGCGCAGCGGGCGCGUGCUGGCGCUGGGCCGCUGGCACCGCGUGCUGGCCGGCCGCUACGGGCGCCGCGUCUUCCUGCGCGUGGACGGCUCCGUCAGCUCGGCGCUGCUGCCGCCCGCGCACGCGCCCGCCCCGCCCGGCGACCUGCUCUACCUCGGGGGCGUGCCGGACCUGUCGUGGCUGCCGGCGGGGGCCCUGGCGGGGCCCGCCACGUCGCUGCGCGGCUGCGUGCGCCGCCUGGCGCUCAACUGGGAGCGCGUGCCGCUUGAUGCCGCCUCGCUGCGCGCCGGGCGCAACCUGGCCGACUGCGACGGCACGGCGUGCGGCGGCGACGCCUGCGACCACGGCGGCACGUGCCGCCUCAACGCCACCGGCGCCGCCGCCUGCUCCUGCCCGCCCGUGACGGUGAGCGUGGCGGCGCCGCAGUUCGGCGGGGACGGCUACCUGGUGGUGCGGCCGCCUCAACAGCUGCAGCAGAUGCCCACGUCGCAGCCGCAGCAGGCGCCGACGCCCGCACUCAACAUCAGCUUCCUCUACCUUAACUUCUCCACCACGCAACCCGACGGCAUGCUGCUUUGGACCGCCAGGCUGGGCUGGGCGCGGCGCGGCGGCGCGGGCGCGGAGCAGGGCGCGGGCGAGGCGCUGGUGCUGCCGGGGGCGCCGUCGCUGGCAGACGGCGCUUGGCACGCGCUGGCGGCGCGCCUGGGGCCGUCGGCGCUCGAGCUGUGGCUGGACGGGCGGCUGGCCCUGGCGCGGCCGCGCCCCGCGCCCACGCUGCCGCUCCCGCUCGCCUCCGACGGCGCCUUCUACCUCGGAGGGCUGCCGGAGGGCCAGGAGGUGCAGGCAGCGACGGGCGGCCUGUUUGCCGCGGGCUUCAGCGGCUGCGUGGGCGAGCUGGCCUGGAGCAACGACACCGUCAUCACCAACUUCUCGCUCUACGAGGGCGAGAACGUCGCCAGCUGCGACUUCACCGAGCCCUAG